GAACGCAGCAGCAACUCCAGAGCGGCAGUGGGAGGAGCCUCGGGCCCGAGGUCAUCACAGACAUGGCGUGGCGAGGAUUUGUAAUCAAAUGGGCCAAAACAGAGAUCACCAGACCCCACAACACAACUCCACGAAGCUCCAGACUUAACCCCUACAACCAGCAGAGGUGCGGUUUCCGUCGGGACGCCAAGAGGCCAGAUACAAAGAAAGGAAAUGUCACCCAAGAAACAAACGCCUCCUCCUCUGAGGCUGCCACACCGGGGCCACCUCCACCACCUCCACCUCCCAAAGUCCCCAGACCAACACUGUUCACACCGCUGAUGUUCACAGUGGGGUUUACAGGCUGCUCCUUUGGUGCGGCGGCCAUUCUCCAAUAUGAGACCCUGAAGGCAAGAGUUCAGAUGGCAAAAGAUGAAGAGGAGGCCGAAAAAUUAAUGCAGGGCUCCCAGGACAUGACAUACUGGCACAACUGGUGGAACCAGCUGUCCAGCUUCCAGCGACAGCUCAUCCUCCUGAUGUCCAUGGUGGAUGACUUCUGGAGCAGCCUCACAGAGGGACAGAAGACCGUCACGGGUAUUAUUGCAGUAAAUGCUGCAGUCCUGUGCUGCUGGCGAAUCCCUUCAAUGCAGAGAAGGAUGAUUAAGUACUUCACGUCAAACCCAGCCUCCAAAACUCGGUGCCUUCCAAUGGUGCUGUCCUCCUUCAGCCACUACUCCGUUAUUCACAUGGUGGCCAACAUGUAUGUCCUAUGGACAUUCUCCUCUGGAAUUGUCUCUCUGUUAGGGAGAGAGCAGUUUCUUGCAGUCUACAUGUCUGCUGGUGUGAUUUCCACUAUGGUCAGUUACAUGUGCAAAACAGCCACUGGGCGUCUCUAUCCAUCAUUAGGGGCGUCAGGCGCCGUCAUGGCAGUACUUGCUGCAGUGUGUGCAAAGGUGCCAGAGGCCAAACUCGGCAUAAUCUUCCUUCCUAUGGUCACUAUAACGGCAGGAAAUGUUCUGAAAGCACUUGUGGCUGUAGAUGCAGCAGGGCUUUUGAUGGGAUGGCGGUUGUUUGACCAUGCAGCUCACCUUGGCGGUGCCCUCUUUGGACUAUGGUAUGUGGCAUAUGGUCACAAACUAAUUUGGAGGAAGAGGGAGCCCCUAGUGAAGCUGUGGCACGACAUGCGUUCCCCUGGCAGCAGAGGAUCCAGGCCUGGAGGUGGACCUGGUGGCGGUGGCGGUAGCGGAUCCGGACCACAAUAGGACUCUGGAAUCCUUUUAGAAAAAACUGGACUCCAAUUACCUCAGAGUAUGCAAGGACACUUUUAUUCACCGAGAUGGAAUGGGCUGUUAUUAUUCAUUAAUAAAUAUAGUUUUCCAUCCAAA